AUGCAUCCAUUCAUUCCUCCCUCUCUACCCCCUAUUUCCUUCCCUCCCUCCCUCACACACUCCCUCCAUCCAUCCAUCUAUCCCAAGACUUGUUCUUUUUCAGGAGCAGAUCCAUCAAGUAUCCUUGCCUUAGUAGUGGCACAGUGUAAACCACUUUUCAUGGUGCAGACUGUGAUAUCUAAACAGUAUAAAAAACUGAAUGGAAAUAUCUUUGCACCAGUAGUAAAAACAUGCUUUUUGUUUUUCCUAGAUUACGUGCGUCUUAUUCUAAAUUUAGCAGCCUUCUAUUUUAUCCUGUCCAAGCCUUUUCUCACUGUUGCCCUUCAUUUUACUGGUGGAAUAGUCCUAGAUGUUCUUGAUGGAAUUCUUGCGCGGUACCUCAAUCAGUGUUCCAGAUAUGGAGCUCUACUUGAUGAACUUCUGGACAGGUGUGGAAGAAUAGGAAUGCUGAUGGCAUUGUGCGUGUGUUACCCUCAGUACUUGUUUGUUCUUCAGUUGCUUGUCUGCUUAGCAAUAGCACGCAGAGGGCUAAUAAGCGAAGUAUGA